GACGCUGACGGUCGUUGCUCGUUACAGUGAUUCUUCCGUAAUAAAAUACGGUCUUGACAAGUGCUGUGUUCUUCGUACGCGCAUACACGAGAAAAGAUAGAGUUGCCGUACGACAUUCGGAGAAAAAAAUUUAAUAUGCAUACUCUCUCGGAAUAGCAAGUAUGCACUGCGAUUAUUACGUGUGUGUGCCGGCGUUUAGAAUAUACGUUCGCUCCGUCGCGUAAUCGGUGUUUUCGUCACAGUAACGAUCUAUCGGAACGAGUACAAAGAGUAUCAGCAUUGUUUGUGUUUUCACGCUCGUUACUAUUUCCGUUUGAGAGUAGCUAUGCAAGAAACGGAUAAAUCGGUAACUGGCGGGCGGCAGCCAUUUUCCAGAUGAGUUUUUCCCCUUUCUUCGAAUAAGCAAAGUGCGCUAUGUCGUGAAAGAGAAAGAAAGAGAAAGGUAGCUGCCAGGUAGGGGAAAGGAAAGAGACAGAAAUCAAGAAAUAGAAGGAAAGAAUAGUGCUUAUUAUGUGUUGCGAAGUACGUUUGAACAUACGGGGCGUUUAGUGAUCGGCCACCGAAAUUCACAAACGUGGCAACGUGUGCCGUUUUCCAGUUAAUGAGCGUUUAACCUUGUAUUGGCCGGUGCGAAGAAGAUAGAAUUAUCUAGGGAAGUAGCAAACCAAAGAAUGAGAGAGAGAGAGAGCUACCCACAGACAAUACACAGACCCCCCAUUGCCGCGCGUUCGGUCAUCCGUUCGUAAUCACGUAUCACGACCGUUCCUGUCUCUGUCAUGAUGUCAGGCCUAGUUUAUGAGUGACUUGGUCUUUGAUUUCCGCGGUCAUAAAAUAGUGGACUCGCGUUUUAAGUACGAUAUAAAAUUCUUAUUGAUUCUACGCGAUAACCUCAAAGUCGCGAAACGAAUUCGACGUUUUCUAGGCGUCAUUCAGACAAAAUCGAGGUGAAGCUUGUCAAACUUAAUCGUGCGACGAGAAAACGACUUUGUGUCUCGCUUCAAGUUUUAAGCUGAUUGUUGUGCCUGUGAUACGGCAUUUCACCGCACAACAGAAAGUAAUUUAUUCGGACAUAAUUACAAGUAUAUAAAUACACGAUUGUUUGAAUCAAUUUUAUACUCUAUGAUCAAGAGAGUGUAGUGAGAUCAAUAAUGAAACUGGUGCUCUCAUUGGUGCAAUUCGAUUCAACAAAACUAAGAGUUUCCUUAUCGGUUACAAGAAGCCCAUGAAAAGUGCAUUGAGAGUGCAUAUUUCUGGCGAAGACAUCUGUGCUGUGACAUAAUUGAGCAAGUUGGAUAUCAGUGUAAUAAUGUAGUGCCAACUUUGCAGAUGGAUAAACAGGGAUGACUGAUAAUUGCUGGAACUCUGGUGGUGGCGCUGGCGUCAAGAUGGAGCACAUUCAGGCCACCCUGGACCCAAGGAAGCAGGAGCUAUUGGAGGCACGCUUUCUCGGAGCAAGGGGGGGCACCUUCCAAACAGAUUGGAAACCACUGACUCGCGCGAUUAAUUCGUUCCGGAGCUUGCGCAUGUCUGCUGGGUCACAAAUUCAGAUGGCACCCCAAUCAACUGUAAACUCUGGUCAGUCGGUUCAUAGUCAAGAUUCGAACAUGAGCACUGGCUCAUCGCAUAGUGAUAAGGAGGUAGACCCGAAUACUCCGGAAAAGGUACCAAGAACUCCUUCGGAAAGAAAAAGAAAGCGAAAAGCAGAUGAUGGAGGUGGAGGAGUUACAGGGGGACCUAUAGGAAGUAAGGGUUCUAGAUCCGUUGCUGCCCUUGAAAAUAAAAAGAUCAAUGAGUAUUUUCCAAAGCAUCAUUUGGGCAAUAGUCCCAUCCGACACGGUGGUGCUAAAAGCCCUUCUCCUCAACAGGGUUAUCCUAUGUAUCCACCAUCGCCUCAACAACUCCUUUCACCGCAAGUAACAACACCCAAUUCUUCAGUGGCAGAAUUUUCUUCACUGAUGCAGCCACCAAGACCUCAUCCUCAACCUCCACCUCCUCCUCCACCAGCCUCGACACAACCUGCAGGCUCGAUGGUCAGCAAGCAGGUGCAGGUAAGGCCUACCAACCUCAGUAGGACAAGCCAGGUCAGGCAAGCGAAGACUAACACCCCAAAUACAGAACUUACUUGCCAGAGGAUACAAGAAUUCGAAACUCAAGCCUCUUCAGAUUUAGAAUUACGUAACAACAAAAUUGAUGAAUUAAAUAGAACGACAGACGAACUUAGGCAUCAAAUGGCUAAUCAACAGAAACUGAUUGAGCAGCACAAAUCCCAUAUAAAUAAAUGUAUAGACGUUGUAAAGAAAUUACUGAAAGAAAAAUCAAACAUAGAAAAAAAGGAGGCUAGGCAAAAAUGUAUGCAAAAUAGACUGAGAUUGGGUCAAUUUGUGACUCAGAGGGUGGGCGCAACAUUUCAAGAAAACUGGACAGAUGGUUAUGCGUUUCAAGAAUUAGCACGACGACAAGAAGAAAUUGCGACUGAACGAGAAGAAAUUGACAAACAAAAAAAACUGCUAUUAAAAAAGAGGCCAUCAAAUAGUGAAACUGGUAGAAAACGUAGUCAGCCACAACCUUCCUUGCAUAAUGGCACAGAAGCUACGUUUUUGAAACCAGAUGCAGUACCUGGAUCUUAUACAUGGCAGGAGUAUUAUGAAGCUGACGAAAUACUCAAGUUAAGACAAAGUGCGUUGAAAAAAGAAGAUGCAGAUCUGCAACUAGAAAUGGAAAAACUCGAAAGAGAACGAAAUUUGCACAUCAGAGAGUUGAAACGUAUUCAUAAUGAGGACCAAUCAAGAUUCAACUCUCAUCCUGUAUUGAAUGAACGUUACCUUCUACUAAUGUUAUUAGGGAAAGGUGGCUUCAGUGAAGUGCAUAAGGCAUUUGACUUAAAAGAGCAACGAUAUGUCGCUUGUAAAGUUCAUCAACUGAAUAAAGACUGGAAAGAGGAUAAGAAAGCUAAUUAUAUUAAACAUGCGUUACGAGAAUAUAAUAUUCAUAAAGCUCUUGAUCAUCCUCGUGUUGUGAAGUUGUACGAUGUGUUUGAAAUUGAUGCCAAUUCCUUUUGUACUGUCUUGGAAUAUUGUGAUGGUCAUGAUUUAGAUUUUUAUCUCAAGCAGCAUAAAACUAUACCUGAAAGAGAAGCACGAUCUAUUGUUAUGCAAGUUGUGUCUGCAUUAAAGUACCUCAAUGAAAUAAAACCCCCAGUCAUACAUUAUGAUUUAAAACCAGGUAAUAUAUUAUUAACUGAAGGUAAUGUCUGUGGAGAAAUAAAAAUUACAGACUUCGGAUUAAGUAAAGUAAUGGACGAAGAAAACUACAAUCCAGAUCAUGGAAUGGAUUUAACGUCUCAAGGAGCUGGUACCUAUUGGUAUCUUCCGCCGGAGUGUUUCAUGAUUGGUAAAAAUCCUCCCAAAAUAUCAUCAAAAGUUGAUGUUUGGAGCGUGGGUGUUAUAUUUUACCAAUGUCUAUAUGGUAAAAAGCCUUUUGGACAUAAUCAAUCUCAAGCUACAAUUUUAGAAGAAAAUACAAUUCUGAAAGCUACUGAAGUUCAAUUUGCAAAUAAACCGACUGUUAGCAACGAAGCAAAGAGUUUCAUAAGAAGUUGCCUAGUAUAUAGAAAAGAAGAACGUAUAGAUGUAUUGACAUUAGCUAGACACGAAUAUCUUCAACCUCCAGUGCCAAAGCAUGGCCGUCAAGCGAAUAAUCAACAGCAGCAGCAACAACAACAGAUACAACAACAGCAGCAACAAUCCUCGUAUAGUAUUGGCAUGUUUAGUGGUAUGAACGCGUCAAGCAGUUCGUAGUGGAAAGAAACUAAAGACAAAAUCUUUGAUAUGCUAAUACAUGCCAAAUCCUGAACACUGAACACCAUCUCAUUGUAGGAAAAAAUAGCGAUUGCUAUAACGAACUGUAAAUAGUAAAAAAAAAACCCGGAUAGUAUCACCAUCACCAAUACCACGAUAACCACUACCACUCCACUACCACUAUCACUACCACCUCCACCAUCUCUACAACUAUACUUACAGGCCGACUAUAUAAAACAUUGCGAGAGAUGCGAGACUGGUCGCCGCAAGUCCAGGAGCUUGCGUCUUUCUACAAGACAAGCUACAUUAUUCAGCAUGACAAAAAUGUUGUGUUCGUAAAUAUUCAAUUGUAUUAUCGUUCCUUGUAUCAAACAGUGAGCUGACUUGAUAAUAGUGUUUAAAGAGAAACAGAAAAAAAAAACAUGUGAUAAGUCAUUGUGAAUUAAAGUGAAGUUCAAAUUAAGAAGAAAAGGAAACAAAGGAGUGCGGCAACGGGAAUCAUUGGAAGUGAAUUACUCGGUGAAUAACAAGCAACGGAAAGCUAAAAUAUCCGAGGCAAAGCACGUCAAAGCAGUUAGAGGGACUUUGCUUUCGCGGAGACGUUCCUCUCUUCUGAAGUUAUGUAUGUAUGAAUGAAUGUGACGAAAGAUUGUUAAAACUAGCGUGCGUGUAUAUAUUUAUACUAUAUAUAUAUAUAUACUAAUAAAUCCGAUAUAAUAUAUAUAUAUGGUGUAAAGAACAGGACAGCAUUGACAGUGGGAAGAUAACUGUGGUGGAUCCUCGCAUGACCUCCGUGCAGCCAAGUAUUCCAUGAAUAUUUGACUGCGCAUCAUGUUACUUUAUUCAAAUAUUAACAUUAUUACUGAUAUCAUGACUAAUAACGAUUAACAUACACGAGGAGAUUUGGUUGGUUGUUCCUAUUCUGAAACGAGUGGGCUUUAUCUAUACUGGAUUGAUUGAUCUAAGGUUUGAAUAUAAAAAAAAAAAAACAUAAACGAAUCACGAUGCUCCCAAAUGAAAGAGAAACGUAUAGAAUCGUAGUCCACCGCUUAUUAUAUGCCCCAUGCACAUGUACAUUUUUAAUCCGGAAUUUCCUAAUCGAGUGGCUCCUUUAUUUUCUUUUUCGAGAGUGGACUUCGGCGCGUUAACUAUGAUCUUACAUUUUCGUGAUAUAUAUCUAUUUGUAUAAUCAGGCGUUAAAAAAAUUUUAAGGUAAAAAAUCAUAAUACUGUACCGACCUGAUUAUCAUUUCUUUAUUCAUAAUUUGUUUUAUAUAUGUACGUUACAUAUAGAUAAUUAUGAAAUAGAAGACUAAGUUAUUUUAUCAAGUGCCCUUGCUUUGUAUUAUAGUCGCAUCUGUCGACAUACUGCAGCUUUUGGGAGUAACAGAGAGUUGUUAAAAUGUUGUAAGUUGUUGGUACAAUGUGGGCACGGUAUUGACGAUUCAGUACCAACGUGAUUGGCAAAGUAUGGUCAGAGGAGAAUACAUUACAAGUCUGAACAGAGUCUACUACUAGAUCCAUCGCUUCUAUUUUAAAAGCCAACCGUUCCCGCUUCCCUCUCCUACUUCUCUUACGAUUUUUUUUUAAUUUAUCGACGUUGCAAAACAAAAAAAAAAGAAAGAAACGUAUACUUUUCAAACCCCCUGCGAGGAAAUACUUUUUGUAAACUAAAUUGAAAGAGACUGAGUGAAUUCAUUGGUCAGAAGAUGAGUGAAUUCAUUUAAUUUUUUUCCAAAGACGUGUAUGCAUAAUUAUCAAAAUCAAACAAUUAACAUUUUUAGACGUAUUAUAUAUAAUCGCCUUUUUUUUUUGUAUAUUCUAAAAUUCAAUUACAGUCGAACAAAAAGUUUCCAAUUUCUUCAGAAAUUUUACUUUAGAAUAACAACCGAAAGUUAUUCCGAUUAGUUUUAUAGCGUUGACGAAUAUCUUAUCCGUAGUUAAAAAUGACAAUUGUGCAUACUACUUCUGGGCAUAAAAAGUAAGUAUACUUUGGCCAGUAGAAUUUACAAAAAAGAAAUACUUCUUUUAUUUAAAAAGAGUAUUGUUUUUCCACGAUGACAGGAAAGAAGUUAGAGCAUUAAAAAUCAUUCAGUAAGGAAAGGAAAGAUAAAAGAAUGAAAAAAAUCAUUUAUUGAGCAUUUAUUACAUAAAGUCGCAUCUGAGAUUUGUAAUGGUAAA